UAUGCGGGGGGGAUACAGGUGGAGAUGUGAUGAGUAUACCCCCGAUCAACCAAACCAGGAUGGAACACGAGUCCGUUCAUUUCAGUUGCGUGAAAGAAGAUCCCGAGUUCGUUGUCCAAUGGUAUAAAGAUGGCGUGCCACUGGAUGAUUUGCCAUUCUUGAAUGGUAGAUUUCUUGUGACUCCAGAAGGUUCGUUAGACAUCUAUGAUGCAGCAUUGAACGACAACGGUUUUUAUUCGUGCCGCAUAGUAUCAACAAAGGGAACACUGUCUGCUGGUGCCUUUCUCAACGUUCAGUACAAAGCGAAAGUAGUCUAUUCACCAGCUGAAGUUUUUCUUGCUUACGGUAAGCCCGGUACCUUGGAUUGUCACUUCCAUUCCAACCCGCCGCUGACGAAAAUAAGAUGGGAAAAAGACGGGUUUUUGUUCGACACGUACAACGUGCCCGGAGUUUACCACAGGCUAAACGGGUCUCUUUACUUUGAUCGGGUAGAGAAAGAACAUGGUGGUAAAUACACGUGCACGCCAUUCAAUGAGCUGGGAACUGAAGGGGCAUCUACGCCAAUGGACGUGAUCGUCCAGCAUCCACCAAAAUUAAUUGUUGUACCGAAAGUGUUGUACUUCCGUAAACUCGGAGAUAACAUCACAAUGCCAUGUGAAGCAGAGAAUUUCGAUAACAGAGGUCCGGCGAUUGUUUGGCAGAAGGCGGACGGUAAGAGUUUAUUUUAUCCUCGAGUGACAGUCACUGGUGGUAAUCUAACUCUGACUGGUGUGAGGAGUGAAGACAGAGGUGUCUAUAGAUGUGUGGCAUCCAACAUCGCAGCUACUAUUUCGGUGGAAACAGAGUUGAUCGUCGAGGAAAACUUAUUCCACCGUAAACAUUUCGAUUUACACGUAAAUGCAACUAACAAGAAUAUCGUGGCUUACUGGAAACGACCAUAUUCAUUCUGCACCGUUUGGUUAGUAAUACUUGUUGUAUUAUAG